UUGACCAGCUAUGCCGAACCUCAGCAUUGUGUUGACGUGCCUGAUCUGCCUGCCGGUUGGCCGUGUCUGUCAAGGGUUCAGCGUACUUCAGCCUCAGGGUCACAUUGAGAAGAUGGAGGGAAGUGACGUCACUUUAGUCUGCCACAUGUCAAGUGAGACUGUGCUGGGACCGGUGAGAUGGUACAGAGGUGCUGGCAUCAAGCGCACACACUUCUACUCACCAGUCCCCAAAUAUGGAGAUACGAACGACCCUCGAGUGACCUGGACAGUGGAGUACAACACUCUCAGAUAUAGCAUCACAAUAAGAGACCUCAGAGUCAGCGACACAGGAGAGUAUUACUGUGAGAAAUACGCAAAGGCAGAUGAGAACAAAGUGUACGCCUCAGGACCGGGGGUCACCUUGACUGUGAAAGCAAAGAAUGUCACCAUUAUUGGUCCCCCUGGUCGAGUGAAGGUGGGUGAAGUUUUAGAGUUGCAGUGUCACGCCAACAAGGAUGCUACAUUCAUGUGGCUGAAAAACGGCGAGGCCAUUCCUCAGGACCACUUCACUACUGCCAGUAAUGGUGCCCUGCACACAAGUCGUCUGACUCUGCAGACUGAGAAAGGUGACAUCCGAUCAGCUGUCCAAUGUGUGCAGGGCAAAAAUGAACAACAGAGGAUGUCUGAAGCGUUCAACCUGAGCUCGGUCAUUACAGUGAUGCCACGUUUACAAAUUCAAGGAAGCCCAGAUACAAGGAACAGGUCAUCGGGCAAGUAUUCAUGCCGAGUCGAUGGCUUUUAUCCUGAAGACAUCCUAGUCUCCUGGACCCUUGGGAAACUCAAUAUCUCAGCAUGCUGUGAGAAGGCCCAGAGUAACAAUGAUGGCACGUUCAGCACCACCUGCCAUAUUACAAUUGCCUUAGCAAAGAUUUCCUCGGGAGCCAUGCUGCAGUGUCACGCUGGUUAUCGUGAUCAUUGUUGAGAGUGGGCUAUGCGCCGAUACUUCAGAAGGAGACCACCACCUAAGCCUUGACUUGUUUGUGUGAAAGGACAUCAGAAGAAUAUUUAAGAGUCACUUGUCUAGUCUUUCUAUGUAGAAAAUGUAUUUAUACUGGAACAGUAAAGCAUAUAUUACUGGAGUGUGCUGCAUCUGAGGAGCAAAGAAGACGUCUUUUUCAAAAAACUGAAAUCUAUUGAACAGGAGCUUAUUUUUACAAUGGAAAGUACUUUAUAUUAGGACAGUGUUGGCAAUAUAGUGUAUCAAAAUGCUUAAUUAUAUUUUUAAAAUUAUAUUAUUUGAGGUUUUUUUUUAAACUAUCACCAACCCCCAGCCAAAUGGUAGGGUAUGCUCCCCAGGUCUCUGCUUCACACUCCAGCUCAGUAGGUGUUGGUAAAGCACCAUUUACUGUACAUUGGUCUCUGAACUGCUAUAAAAACCGAGAAGAAGAAGAAGAGGAGUACAAUUAUAAUUCAAGGAGAAGCAGAGCUGCAGUGGUUAGAACUGCACCUUCACAGCUCACGUCACAUUUUUGGUUUAGGAUAAUCUGUCCAGCAUUGUUGGCGGAUGCUUCUCUAGCCUUCGUGGACACCUAAAGUUGUAGCGGGCCACAUAGGGGGUUUUUGUUUCUAUGUAAGAAUGUCCUGUUGAGUGUUUGUUAAUAUGAAUGACAACACUGGAUGCACCGAUUUCUGUUUGUAAAUUGGGUCAGUGUCUUCAAACAGGUUUGCACUGAUACAGAGGGGCUUUGGGAUUUGUAGUUUGUGGUUUGUAUGCACUGUACCAAUAA